AUGGAGGUUCGGAAAUGUUUGAAAUCUCCUGAAACAUUGGAUGAUGUCGUGAAAGGUCUUCAUGUUCUUUUUGAGGACGACCAUGUGAAUGUUGAAGAGGUUAUUUCGUUUUUAUCAUCGUAUCGUUCAAACCCCGCGGAUUGGGCGAAGUACGCAAAUUAUGAUCCUCACAGGUGGGGCGAUGACAUUAUGUUGAUCAUUUGUGUGUUUAUUAAGUCUUAAUCGAAGUCUAUAAUCUAAAAGUGUUUUGAUGGUGUGAUUAAAAAAUUCUUCAGGUACACAAGGAACUUGGUAGACGAAGGAAAUGGCAAAUUUAACUUGAUCGUGUUGUGCUGGGGAGAAGGUCAAGGC